AUGAUCGUCUGGGUUCAAUUACCGGCUUUGAAAAUCCACUUCUAUCACAAAGAGAAAGUGGAAUAUGAGAACCUACCGGAAGUGUGUUUCAAUUGCGGGAAAAUUGGGCAUGCUCGGAAUGCUUGCCCGAAGCUUCAACCAGUGGCAGUGUUGGCGCUAACGGCGACCAGAGGAACGCCUCCGCCACAGCACACGACAUCAGCAACAGGUUCCGCCAGCCCAGUGAUAGACCGUUAA